AUGUACAGUGCACAUUGCGAUGGAGAUUUCGUCGUUUUUCUUAUUGGUGCUCGUCCUAAUGGAGCAAAUCCUUUCACGAAAUCUUUUUUUGAAAUUGGAAAUGCAUUUAGAAGCAUGGUAGAAGAAUUGGAGUCGGAUCCAACAUUAGGCUACAUGGGAGGCGACUUCUAUGUUGGAGCAAAUGAACGUAAAAGCACAUCAUUACAUGUGCAGUAUUGGCGCAAUUAUGAGUCACUUCAAAAAUGGACCCACACAAAAAUGGGUCUUCAUUUCAAAACAAUGAUGGAAUAUAUGAAGACAGAUCGUAUUGAAGGUGUUAAUGGAAUAUGGCAUGAAACAUACAAAGUGAGAGAUGGUGAAUAUGAAGCCAUCUAUGGAAAUAUGCCACCUAUCGGUCUCGCUUUGGCAACAUCAGCCAUGCCUGAAACAAAGAUAAAUAAUGGACAAGGAAGAAUGAAACGACCAAGCAAGAAGCAGCAAGCAUAG